UGCUGUAGCUUUCGUUUUUGAAAUACGGCAUACAAAUUUUCCGUAAAUUAUGAUUAUCAAAAUUAACAAUUUGUGUAGCUAUAAGUGCAAGUUAGCCGAUUUCUGCGUGCUGUGUGUUGUACCUGAUUAUUGUAGAAAAUGCGACGACUACGACGGUACUAUAUUGAGCCGCUUAAGAGACGAAUUUGACGUACGUUGGAGCCGUCAAGAUCCCUCGCCAUAUACCAACUUGGAAAAUUACGUGCAGCGAGCGACGCUCGGUAAUGGCAGCUUCGGCACCGUGCUGCUUGUGAAAGAUAAGAGUAGUAAAAAUUAUUAUGCUGCCAAAAUGAUGAACAAAGAUGAUUUGGUGCGACUUAAACAGAUCGCUCAUGUGCAUAACGAGAAGACAGUGUUGAAUGCAGUGCGUUUUCCAUUUCUCGUUAAUCUGGUGGACUCGACCAAGGACUUUGACUAUCUGUAUCUCAUACUGCCGUUCGUAAACGGCGGCGAACUUUUUACCUAUCAUCGCAAAGUGCGAAAGUUCAAUGAGAAGCAAUCCCGUUUCUAUGCGGCACAAGUGUUACUGGGUCUCGAGUAUUUGCAUCGCAUGAAUCUCAUCUAUCGUGAUCUCAAACCGGAGAAUAUACUAAUGGAUGCCAGAGGUUAUCUGAAGCUAACAGACUUUGGUUUCACCAAGCGUGUCGAAAAUCGCACUUCGACAUUGUGUGGUACGCCGGAAUAUCUGGCACCCGAAAUUAUACAGCUGAAGCCCUACAGCAAGGGUGUGGAUUGGUGGGCUUUCGGCAUAUUGCUGUAUGAGUUUGUAGCUGGUCGUUCGCCGUUCGCGGCGCAUAAUCGUGAUGUGAUCUUGAUGUACUCGAAAAUCUGUCUGGGUGACUAUCGUAUACCCUCGUAUUUUACGUCGCAGCUAAAGAACCUUAUUGAGGAUCUCAUACAGGUGGAGCCGAACAAGCGUUUAGGUAACUCAAAUGAGGCGUCGACAGAGAUAAAGAAACAUCCUUGGUUCCAGGGUGUCGAUUGGUUCGCAAUAUUAAAUUCGGAAAUCAAUGCGCCCUAUAUACCGUCUGUCUCCAAUAUUGAGGAUUUGUCAAAUUUUGAGCAUUAUGAACCAAAACAAAAACAUAAGUCUAAAAUAAAUCGCCAUCCCGACUUGUUUAAUAAUUUUUAAAC